CUUCUUCUUCCUCUUUCAGCGCACCUUUUACUGCAUAAUCUCCUUUCUUUGUAUAAAUUUCCCUUCUCUUCUAUUUGUUUCGGAUCACGUCACAGCCUGCAACUAUUUCUGAGUACACUUGUAGGGAAGGAAAGAAACAGAGCGUGCGAAAAUCAAUUGCCUUUGCCUACUAAUAUCAAUUGACUUUUCCAUAUUUUUUUUUGGAUUUUCUUCUUCUUUCGUGAGAAUUUUCUUCACUCAUGUAUUUUCCCUGCAACCAACCGCGUAGUAUCCUUAACGAUUGAAGCUUUUUUCCUUCAAAAGAGGUUAGACACUUUUAGCGUUCUUGACUGCUCCUUACUAUGGAGGAUGUUGAAGACAAGAUACCCCCUGUCUCCUCUUCAAAAGUUGCUGGAGCGACACCACUAGCAGAACAUGUUGGAGACAAGCUACCAUCUGAAUCUUCUUCAAAAAUUGCCGUAGAGGCACCCCUAGCAGAACAUGUUGGAGACAAGCUACCAUCUGAAUCUUCUCCAAAAAUUGCCGAGGAGACACCCCUGGCAGAACAUGUUGAAGACAAGCUACCAUCUGAAUUUUCUCCAAAAAUUGCUGAAGUGACACCACUGGCAGAACAUGUUGGAGACAAGCUACCGUUGGAAUCUUCUUCAGAAAUUGUUAAAGCGACGCCACUAACAGAACAUGCGGGAGAUGACCAACCAUCUGCUUACUCUUCAAAAAUUGAUGAAGAGCCACCACUGGCAGAACAUGUGAUAAACAACUAUGAAGCCUCUUCUAAAAUUGCUGAAAAUUUAACCCUGGCAGAACAUGUUAUCGACACGCUACCUUCUGAAUCCACUACAAAAAUUGCUGAAGAGAUGCCAUCGGCAGAACCCCCUGAAGAAAAUACUCAAGUGAUAAACCCACCUGACAAUCAAUCUUCCACUGAAGCUCCAACAGUCCCACUUAGUAAUGGAAAAAUGGAGUCUGACACUCAUUUGCCAGUGAAUGAAUUCUCUGAAUUAUCAGUUUUGUCAAAUGCUUCCAAUGAUCUAACUAUACUACAAGAUGAAUGUGUUUCUGUAGUUAAUUCAGUUUCAAACCCAGAUACUGCAGUUGAUGUAACAGAGAAAAGCCAGCAGAUAACUUCAGUUGAAGAUUCUGAACCAGGUUCUGUAGAAAAUGCCUCUGACAGGCAUGAAUUGCAGGAUGAUGUUUCCAAUGUCACUGCUGACAGUGAUGCUGAUAAUGAGAUUAGACUCUCAGCUUCUUCUUCUGAAACGAAAGAUUUGCCAAAUGAUCACGAUGGCUCACUCCCCCGUGGCAAGAUAUUUGAUGCAAAAAAACGCCUUAUAGAUACUGCACCUCCUUUUGAAUCCGUGAAGGAAGCUGUUUCCAAGUUUGGAGGCAUUGUGGAUUGGAAGGCUCAUAAGAUCCAGACUGUGGAGAGACGCAAUCAUGUAGAAAUAGAACUUGAAAAGGUGCAGGAGGAGAUUCCAGAGUACCAAAAACAAGCAGAGGCUGCUGAAUGGGAAAAAGGUCAAAUAAUAAAGGAGUUGGACAGCACAAAGAGACUAAUAGAAGAAUUAAAACUUAACCUAGAGAGAGCACAAACAGAAGAGCGUAAAGCAAGACAGGACUCAGAACUUGCAAAGCUCAGAGUUGAAGAGAUGGAGCAGGGUGUUGCAGAAGAAUCAAGUGUUGCAGCCAAGGCACAACUUGAGGUUGCCAAAGCCAGGUAUACAGCAGCUGUUUCAGAUUUAAUAGCUGUGAAAGAUGAGCUGGAAGCAUUGCACAAAAAUUACGCCUCCUUAUUGGCUGAUAGAGAUCUUGCUAUUAAGAAAGCUGAAGAGGCGGUUACUGCAUCAAAGGAAGUAGAGAAGACCGUAGAAGAUUUAACUAUUGAACUAAUUGCUGCAAAAGAGUCGUUGGAGACUGCACACGCCACGCAUUUGGAAGCAGAGGAACAAAGAAUAGGAACAGUAAUGGUAAGAGAUCAAGAUUCUCUUAAUUGGGAAAAGGAACUUAAGCAAGCAGAAGAAGAGCUUCAAGGACUCAACCAGCAAAUUUUGUCUGCCAAGGAACUCAAAUCUAAACUGGAAAAGGCCUCUGCUUUGCUGAUUGAUUUGAAAGCUGAAUUAACUGCUUAUAUGGAAUCAAAGUUAAAGCUGGAAGGUGAUGAAGAAGGACACUCGAACGGAGGCCCAGAAGAACCAGUGAAAAAGACACACACCGACAUACAAACAGCAGUGGCAUCAGCCAGAAAGGAACUUGAGGAAGUAAAUCUUAACAUAGAGAGAGCAACUGCUGAGGUUAGUUGCUUGAAGGUAGCUGCAACAUCAUUAAAAUCAGAACUUGAACAAGAAAAAUCAACUCUUGCUGCCAUUAGGCAAAGAGAGGGAAUGGCCUCUAUUGCAGUUGCGUCUCUUGAAGCUGAAUUGGAAAAGACCAGAUCAGAAAUAGCUUUGGUUCAGAUGAAGGAGAAAGAAGCUAAAGAGAGAAUGAUCGAACUUCCCAAGAAGUUACAACUAACAGCUGAAGAGACUAAUCAGGCCAACUUACUUGCUCAGGCAGCUCGUGAAGAGCUACAGAAAGUAAAGGCAGAAGCAGAGCAAGCCAAGGCUGGAGUAAGUACCUUGGAAAGUAGAUUACUUGCAUGUCAAAAGGAGAUGGAGGCUGCAAAGGCUUCUGAAAAGUUGGCAAUAGCAGCAAUUAAAGCAUUGCAAGAGAGUGAAGCAACCAGAAGCAAAAAUGAAGUGGACCCGUCAGCUGGGGUAACACUUUCUUUGGAGGAGUACUAUGAGCUUAGCAAACGAGCACAUGAGGCAGAAGAGCGAGCCAAUAUGAGGGUUGCAGCUGCUAAUUCUGAAAUUGAUAAAGCUAAGGAGUCUGAAUUGAAAGCCUUUGAAAACUUGGACGAAGUGAAUAGAGAGAUAGCUGCUAGAAGGGAAUCUUUGAGGUUGGCAAUGGAAAAGGCUGAGAAGGCAAAGGAAGGUAAAUUAGGUGUAGAACAGGAAUUAAGAAAGUGGAGAGCUGAAAAUGAACAACGAAGAAAGGCUGGUGACCUUGGCCAAGGAGUGGCUAACCAGAGUAAAAGCCCUAGGGGUAGUUUCGAGGGGAGUACGGAUGCAAAUAAUUUUGACCGCUCUAGUGAUGCAGCUAAUCCUGCACAUUACUUGUCAAGUCCAAAGGCUAAGGCUAAUGUGCAUGCAAACAAAGAUGAAAGUGGAUCAUCCCCGGAAACAAAACAUGGAAAAAAGAAAAAGAGAUCAAUUUUCCCAAGGGUUUUGAUGUUCUUUGCUAGAAGAAAACACUCAAGCAAAGGGUAAUCCCAAAUUAUACUGCCUGCAGUUGUCUUUAGCUCUCAUCCUUUUCUGGAGAUCUCACAGUGACUUGAAAUGUUGGACUAUUCAAUUGCACCAACCUGUAAAUGUUGGCAAUUGCUGUGUGUAUGCUUUGAUUGUAUUCUCACUGAAGAGUUGGUAUAUGGUGGCCUGCUCAGUGUUUUAAGGGGACAUAAAAAUAAGUUCGCCUUUUGUGGGAAAAUAGAAAAUUAGAUGACUCUGUAUUGUGUAUAGGCUUCUGAUAUAUUGAACCUCGGCCCUUGUAAAGAUUUGUUUGAGAUUUGACCAAAUGAAAGAAAAAGUUUUCCGAGUCUCA